GGACGCGGUAGUGGCUAGCCAGUGUCAGGCCUGGGGUUUUCUGUGUCCUUCCCUGGGUCAGGGACGAGCCAGUGACUUGACUCUUGGACGCUAAGCUUGGGAGGGAGCGCAGGAGGCCGCUGUCCUUCCUUUCCGGUUCACGUCACCCUUCUCUCCCUCUCUUGCUCCACCUGCAGCCACUUGGACGGCUCCGGGACUGAUUGCCUGGGGCAGGGGUGGCAGUCGAGGCCGCCGGGGCCGAGGUGAGGCUGCAGCUCCCCGGGCGGCGGUAGCGCAGGGGAGGAGGAGGAGAGAAGAUGGCGUCGGAGCUGGAGCCAGAGGUGCAGGCCAUCGACCGGAGUUUGCUGGAAUGUUCGGCCGAGGAGAUUGCGGGGAAAUGGCUCCAAGCAACUGACCUCACUAGAGAAGUGUACCAGCAUUUAGCCCACUACGUACCCAAAAUAUACUGCAGGGGUCCCAACCCUUUGCCACAGAAGGAAGACAUGCUGGCACAGCAUGUUUUGUUGGGACCAAUGGAAUGGUACCUUUGUGGUGAAGAUCCUGCAUUUGGAUUUCCAAAGCUUGAGCAAGCAAACAAACCUUCUCAUCUUUGUGGUCGUGUUUUUAAAGUAGGAGAGCCUACAUACUCUUGCAGAGACUGUGCAGUUGAUCCAACUUGUGUUUUGUGCAUGGAGUGCUUUUUGGGAAGUAUUCACAGAGAUCAUCGAUAUAGGAUGACAACAUCAGGAGGUGGAGGUUUCUGUGACUGUGGUGAUACUGAAGCUUGGAAAGAGGGUCCUUACUGUCAAAAACAUGAACUUAACACCUCUGAAAUUGAGGAAGAAGAGGAUCCUCUUGUUCAUUUAUCAGAAGAUGUGAUAGCAAGAACUUACAACAUUUUUGCUAUUAUGUUUCGGUAUGCAGUAGAAAUAUUAACCUGGGAAAAAGAAAGUGAAUUGCCAGCAGAUUUAGAGAUGGUAGAGAAGAGUGACACCUACUAUUGCAUGCUGUUUAAUGAUGAGGUUCACACCUAUGAACAAGUUAUUUAUACUCUUCAGAAAGCUGUUAACUGUACACAAAAAGAAGCUAUUGGUUUUGCAACUACAGUAGAUCGAGAUGGGCGUAGGUCUGUUCGAUAUGGAGACUUUCAGUAUUGUGAGCAAGCAAAAUCAGUAAUUGUGAGAAAUACCAGUAGACAGACAAAGCCACUCAAAGUUCAAGUUAUGCAUUCGUCUAUCGUCGCACAUCAGAAUUUUGGUUUGAAACUUUUGUCUUGGCUGGGAAGUAUUAUUGGAUAUUCAGAUGGCCUUCGCCGGAUUUUAUGUCAAGUUGGUUUGCAGGAAGGGCCAGAUGGUGAAAACUCUUCUCUAGUGGACAGACUGAUGCUUAGUGAUUCCAAAUUAUGGAAAGGUGCUAGGAGCGUAUAUCAUCAGUUGUUCAUGAGCAGUCUGCUUAUGGAUUUGAAAUACAAGAAACUGUUUGCUGUUCGAUUUGCAAAAAACUAUGAGCGUUUGCAGAGUGAUUAUGUGACAGAUGACCACGACAGAGAGUUUUCAGUCGCAGACCUCUCGGUUCAGAUAUUCACGGUUCCUUCACUUGCUCGAAUGCUCAUCACAGAAGAAAACUUGAUGAGCAUUAUCAUUAAGACUUUUAUGGAUCAUUUGAGACAUCGAGAUGCCCAUGGCAGAUUUCAGUUUGAACGAUACACUGCUUUACAAGCCUUCAAAUUUAGGAGAGUACAGAGCCUUAUUUUAGAUCUCAAGUAUGUGUUAAUUAGCAAACCAACUGAAUGGUCAGAUGAGCUGAGGCAGAAGUUCCUAGAAGGGUUUGAUGCCUUUUUGGAAUUACUAAAAUGUAUGCAGGGAAUGGAUCCAAUUACACGUCAAGUAGGACAACAUAUUGAAAUGGAACCAGAGUGGGAAGCAGCCUUCACACUACAAAUGAAAUUAACACAUGUCAUUUCAAUGAUGCAGGACUGGUGUGCUUCAGAUGAAAAAGUGUUAAUUGAAGCUUACAAGAAAUGUCUCACCGUACUGAUGCAGUGUCAUGGUGGUUAUACUGAUGGUGAACAACCUAUCACACUAAGCAUUUGUGGACAUUCAGUGGAAACUAUCAGAUACUGUGUUUCCCAAGAAAAAGUUAGCAUUCAUCUCCCAGUUUCUCGCUUACUUGCAGGUUUACAUGUAUUAUUAAGCAAAAGUGAAGUGGCAUAUAAAUUUCCAGAGCUCCUACCUCUAAGUGAGCUUAGCCCACCCAUGUUGAUAGAACACCCUCUUAGAUGUCUCGUUUUAUGUGCCCAAGUACAUGCUGGAAUGUGGAGAAGAAAUGGGUUCUCUCUAGUAAACCAGAUUUAUUACUACCAUAAUGUGAAAUGCAGACGUGAGAUGUUUGACAAGGAUAUAGUAAUGCUUCAGACAGGUGUCUCCAUGAUGGAUCCAAAUCAUUUCCUGAUGAUCAUGCUCAGCCGCUUUGAACUUUAUCAGAUUUUCAGUACUCCAGACUAUGGGAAAAGAUUUAGUUCUGAGAUUACCCAUAAGGAUGUUGUUCAGCAGAACAAUACUCUAAUAGAAGAAAUGCUAUACCUCAUUAUAAUGCUUGUUGGAGAGAGAUUUAGUCCUGGAGUUGGACAGGUAAAUGCUACAGAUGAAAUCAAGCGAGAGAUUAUCCAUCAGUUGAGUAUCAAGCCUAUGGCUCAUAGUGAAUUGGUAAAGUCUUUACCUGAAGAUGCAGAAGAAGCUCAACGGAAAAUGAAAAGACAAAAUAGAGAAGAUACAGCACUCCCACCUCCAGUGUUGCCUCCAUUCUGCCCUCUGUUUGCAAGCCUGGUUAACAUUUUGCAGUCAGAUGUUAUGCUGUGCAUCAUGGGAACAAUUCUGCAAUGGGCUGUGGAACAUAAUGGAUAUGCCUGGUCAGAGUCCAUGCUGCAAAGGGUGUUACAUUUAAUUGGAAUGGCACUACAAGAAGAAAAACAACAUUUAGAGAAUGUCACAGAAGAGCAUGUAGUAACAUUUACCUUCACUCAGAAGAUAUCAAAACCUGGUGAAGCGCCAAAAAACUCUCCUAGCAUACUAGCUAUGCUGGAAACACUACAAAAUGCUCCCUACCUAGAAGUCCACAAAGACAUGAUUCGGUGGAUAUUGAAGACUUUUAAUGCUGUUAAAAAGAUGAGGGAGAGUUCACCUACCAGUCCCGUGGCAGAGACAGAAGGAACCAUAAUGGAAGAGAGUUCAAGGGACAAAGACAAAGCUGAGAGGAAGAGAAAAGCAGAGAUUGCCAGACUGCGCAGAGAAAAGAUCAUGGCUCAGAUGUCUGAAAUGCAGCGGCAUUUUAUUGAUGAAAACAAAGAACUCUUUCAGCAGACAUUAGAACUGGAUGCCUCAACCUCUGCUGUUCUUGAUAAUAGCCCUGUGGUUUCAGAUAUGACACUUACAGCGCUGGGCCCCACACAAACUCAGGUUCCUGAACAAAGACAAUUCGUUACAUGUAUAUUGUGUCAAGAGGAGCAAGAAGUUAAAGUGGAAAGCAGGGCAAUGGUCUUGGCAGCAUUUGUUCAGAGAUCAACUGUAUUAUCAAAAAACAGAAGUAAAUUUAUUCAAGAUCCAGAAAAAUAUGACCCAUUAUUCAUGCACCCUGAUCUGUCUUGUGGAACACACACUAGUAGCUGUGGGCACAUUAUGCAUGCCCAUUGUUGGCAAAGGUAUUUUGAUUCCGUUCAAGCUAAAGAACAGCGAAGGCAACAGAGAUUACGCUUACAUACAAGCUAUGAUGUAGAAAACGGAGAAUUCCUUUGCCCCCUUUGUGAAUGCUUGAGUAAUACUGUUAUUCCUCUGCUGCUUCCUCCAAGAAAUAUUUUUAACAACAGGUUAAAUUUUUCAGACCAACCAAAUCUGACUCAGUGGAUUAGAACAAUAUCUCAGCAAAUAAAAGCAUUACAGUUUCUUAGGAAAGAAGAAAGUACUCCUAAUAAUGCGCCUACAAAGAAUUCAGAAAAUAUGGAUGAGUUACAGCUCCCUGAAGGGUUCAGGCCUGAUUUUCAUCCUAAGAACCCUUAUUCCGAGAGCAUAAAAGAAAUGCUAACGACAUUUGGAACUGCUACCUACAAGGUGGGACUAAAGGUUCAUCCCAAUGAAGAGGAUCCUCGUGUUCCCAUAAUGUGUUGGGGUAGCUGUGCAUACACCAUCCAAAGCAUAGAAAGAAUUUUGAGUGAUGAAGAUAAACCAUUGUUUGGUCCUUUACCUUGCAGACUGGAUGACUGUCUUAGGUCAUUGACGAGAUUUGCCGCAGCACACUGGACAGUGGCAUCACUUUCAGUGGUGCAAGGACAUUUUUGUAAACUUUUUGCAUCAUUGGUGCCUAAUGACAGCCAUGAAGAACUUCCAUGCAUAUUAGAUAUUGACAUGUUUCAUUUAUUGGUGGGCUUGGUGCUUGCGUUCCCUGCGUUGCAGUGUCAGGAUUUUUCAGGGAUCAGCCUUGGCACUGGAGACCUUCACAUUUUCCAUCUGGUUACUAUGGCACACAUCAUACAGAUCUUACUUACCUCAUGUACAGAAGAGAAUGGCAUGGAUCAAGAAAAUCCCACUUGUGAAGAAGAAUCAGCAGUUCUUGCUUUGUAUAAAACGCUUCACCAGUAUACGGGAAGUGCCUUGAAAGAAACACCAUCCGGCUGGCAUCUGUGGAGGAGCGUCAGAGCUGGAGUCACGCCUUUCCUGAAGUGUUCUGCUUUAUUUUUUCAUUACUUAAAUGGAGUUCCUUCCCCACCCGACAUUCAAGUUCCUGGAACAAGCCAUUUUGAACAUUUAUGUAACUAUCUUUCCCUACCAAACAACCUCAUUUGCCUUUUUCAAGAAAAUAGUGAGAUAAUGAAUUCACUGAUUGAAAGUUGGUGCCAUAACAGUGAAGUUAAAAGAUACCUAGAAGGUGAAAGAGAUGCUAUAAGAUAUCCAAGAGAAUCUAACAAAUUAAUAAACCUUCCAGAGGAUUACAGCAGCCUCAUUAAUCAAGCAUCCAAUUUCUCGUGCCCCAAAUCAGGUGGUGAUAAGAGCAGAGCCCCAACUCUGUGCCUUGUGUGUGGAUCUCUGCUGUGCUCCCAGAGUUACUGCUGCCAGACUGAGCUGGAAGGGGAGGAUGUAGGAGCCUGCACAGCUCACACCUACUCCUGUGGCUCUGGAGUGGGCAUCUUCCUGAGAGUACGGGAAUGUCAGGUGCUAUUUUUAGCCGGGAAAACCAAAGGCUGUUUUUAUUCUCCUCCUUACCUUGAUGACUAUGGGGAGACCGACCAGGGACUCAGACGGGGAAAUCCUUUACAUUUAUGCAAAGAGCGAUUCAAGAAGAUUCAGAAGCUCUGGCACCAACACAGUGUCACAGAGGAAAUUGGACAUGCACAGGAAGCCAAUCAGACACUGGUUGGCAUUGACUGGCAACAUUUAUAAUUAUUGCACCACCAAAAAACAGAAACUUGGAUUUUUUUAGCCCAGUUGGCUUUUUAAGAAAGAAAGAAGUUCUGCUGAAUUUGGAAAUAAAUUCUUUAUUUAAACUUUC